AUGUCAGAAUUAACUUAUCUAAACGAGGCCUCCGUUCUUCACAAUCUCAAGGAGCGUUAUUUUAGUUCUCUUAUUUAUACAUAUUCGGGUCUUUUCUGCGUGGUGAUCAAUCCAUACAAGCGACUGCCAAUAUAUUCGGAGAGUUUGAUUGAGGAGUUUAAAGGCAAAAAGAGGCACGAAAUGCCACCGCACAUCUUCGCAAUAGCUGAUUCAGCUUACCGCUCCAUGUUACAAGAUCGCGAAGACCAAUCUAUUCUUUGCACUGGAGAAUCUGGAGCUGGCAAAACAGAAAACACCAAGAAAGUCAUUCAGUACUUGGCCCAUGUUGCUGGCGCAACUCGAUCUAAAGGACCACAAGCACCUUCAACAUCACCAGCAAAAGGUGAAUUGGAACAUCAGCUGCUGCAAGCAAAUCCUAUUCUGGAAGCAUUUGGUAAUAGUAAAACCGUGAAGAAUGACAACUCAUCCCGUUUCGUGAGUUAUUCAUGCACUGUACUUCGUGUUGUGUCAGCUACAAUACUUAUGGGUAAUUUCGAAUUUACGCAAGAAAAGAAAUCCGACCAGGCUAUUCUCCCCGAUGAUAGAGGUGAAUGCUUCAAGAAAUUACAUGGAGUUCUAAAGUUAAUGGGCUAUGUUUUAGUUAUCCAGAAAGUAUGCCAUCUGCUUGGCCUUCCAAUAUUCGAGCUGAACUCGUUCGAGCAACUUUGCAUCAACUACACAAAUGAGAAACUUCAACAGUUGUUCAAUAAUACAAUGUUUAUCAUGGAGCAAGAGGAGUAUCAAAGAGAAGGUUUGUGAAU